GCGAGUAUUGCUGCGGACUUACAUGGCCUUAUUAGUGCUGUGCGGUACGUACAUGGCAGUGUCGAUACUUUUUGUAUACAUAAGCUGACCUAUCAGAUGGGUGCGGUCGGGUAUUUUAUUUCUUGUUCCUUUCCAAUUGUAGAAGCCCAAUGCAAGGUAUCAACGGUAUGGCUAUCUAUACGUGCUGGGUAUAUUUCAACGAUGCAGGUGAGAGGGGAAAUCCUGCAUCCUGCAUGUAACAAGCCCGUUGAAAAAAGAGAGAGUCUGAGAGUUUUUUUUUAAUGGAAAGGGGGAGUGCAGUAUUACAGGGGAGGGGUAAAAAAAAAAAAAGCGUGGGCUCAUGCGAGUAAGAAAUCGAGGUGACAGAGCGCGUGUUAGACUUUGGGUUGAUGUAAACACGAGUAAGUGUGAAGAGGAGAGUUUGGAGUUUGGGCUGUAAAGUGAGGGGAGGGGAUGAGAUUUACGUUGGCUGCAAGGCAGUAUGCGGCUACAUAACGUUAUGUGAUGGCUGGUCAAGGGACCUAUCUCUUUAAUAGGUUGAAUCGCGUAUAGCCGGGAUUGGGUGCCAAGGAGCAAUUCAUGUAUGCUACAUACGGAGAGCUGCAUGCAAGUUUUUUUUUUAUUGUGUUUGAUGUAAAAGGUAUACAUGCAUGCAGUUAAUUUGGGGAAUAGGUGAGCGCGUAUGUGUUCCGAAGAAGUUGAGGGUGGGACUUUUUAAUAUACAAGUACAUGUAUGCCGCUUCGGCUCGAGAUGAAUUGAUGCUUUAUGAUGCCGGUUGAUAGUAACUCGCCGCGGUAUGCUGCUGGCUGCUGGUAUUGCUACCAACAACUGGCUAAAAAAGAGAAACGCACAUGGGCGGAUCUGCUUACGGCGGUUAUUAGCACCACGGGUUACGGUAUAGAUAAAACCGCCAAAGUCAUGCCAGCGGCUUGUCAUUGGCCCCCUUUGGCUCUGUCUCCUCCAAUGUCGGGGUGCAGCAAACUACGAGCGAUCGAUGGAGCCAAAGGGCCGACCAAAGGGCAUUGGAAUGGUCUGGGUUCAUGUAUCUGGGCCAUUCUGAUGGAGUUGGGUCGUACGAGCACAUGCAGGCAAAAAAAAGGGCUUGCGGGGGAAUGAUGCUUGGGCUGUCCUUUUUUUUUCUGCCAUAUGUUUCGUUCAAGCUAGGCAAUGCAGGCGAGCAAAGUAAGGUAUGCGUGCAUGUAACUAACUGUAUGGAUAUAUGUGUAUGUGCGUGGGAUGAGGAUGGCGCCUGAAGGGGUCCACGGGCCUGGAACCGGUACGUGCGACGUUUGAAAGAUUGGAAGUAGGUGUUCGUACAUGUACAUGUACAUCCAUACUUUGCUGUGCCGCAGUUUUUUUUUUUUUUUUUUUUUUUUUCCUGAUAAAAAUUCAUCUUGGGGGCAGCAGCCAGGUGAGGCUGAAACAAUGGCCAUCGAUCGCUGUCUCAAAACCUAAGCCACCUAGUUGAGACUUGAAGUAUCUACUAGUGCUGCUACAUCAAAGAAGAAACUGAAGCAAAAAAUAGCAUGAAAUCUGUUUUUUUGUUUCAAAACGUGCCAAAAACAAAUUUAACUGUAAAUUGAAGUUAAAGUCUAAAAUAAACACUGCCACGCUCCCGUGGUCUUGGCAGUGUAGUUUUCCGACUGCCGUCUUGGCAAUCUCGGCGCACGCCAAAAAAAAAAAGAGAGGAUACAAAGAAGAAAAUUUUUUAAUCAAAUCGUACCCGUUAGCACAAUCUACGGGCCGUGUAAGAGCUGUCUCUUCUUGGCCUUUUCUUGGCUUCCCUGAGAUUUUCGAUGGAGAAAGGGCAAUUACGUACACGAUGGCUGUGCAGAGCUGCCUGGUUUGGUUGAGGAGCGGUUCCCCGACGCCGAAAGAGUCAUUGACCGCCUGUGCUUUAUUUCUUUGAUAUGGAUAUGGGACAUGUACAAGUACGGAGGCGGUUAGGGGGGAGGAAU